GGACUCAUUAGCUCCGCCUUCAACACGCUGCUCUGGGAGCUAAAGCUGUUUCUGCUUAAACCUGAUACAAAUAAACACUCUUCCGAGAUUCAAAGGACAAAGUAGCGCAGAGGUUUGAUUUUUAUUAGCGUUUCAGAUGUUGAGCAUGAAAGCGCAGGUGGAUGUGGUCUGCUGUAAAUCAGUAGGAACUGAUCUGUCCAUGCUGGAUAUUGAGGAUUUCAUCACAGAAAUCUGUCAGCUGAAGAAAGAGGUGGCUUCACUGGAGGCAAAGCUGAGAGAAAGAGGAGACAAACUGAACAGAGAGGAUGUGGAGCAGGUUUUGGUGCGUGAGACUGAUGGGACAGAAGCUCAGGAUUCAGUCUGGAGCGUCAGAGAUCAGAGAUCCAGAGACACACAGGACUCAGAGCUCAGCCUCACUUUACUCUGUUAUACUGACGCUCAGGAUCAUGAAUCCACUGAUCAAACCUCUGACUGUAACGCUGGAGAACAGCAGAUGCUGCAGACGCCGCUGAAGAUGUGCUCCGUCAAACUGGUGGACUGCAGGAACCUGAUCGAGAGCAGAGGAGAAGAAACCACUGCAGAGAAACAACAACAGCACACUGAUGAGGAGGAAGAGGAGGAGAAUAAUGGGGAGGAUGAUGAAGAUGGUGAUGAUUGUACUGCAAAUAAUGGGGAUGAUGAUGAUGAAGAUUUCAUUCCAGAAAUGAGUUGUGGUUCAUCUUCUGAUGGAGGUGAAGAAACCGUCUCGACUUCAAAAGAGCAGCUGAUGGUCAAGACUUUCUCCUGCAGCACCUGUGGAAAAACACUGAGUUCAGAGGGUAAUUUAAAGAGACAUGAGAGAACACACACAGAACAGAAAGAUUUCAGCUGUAGGAGAUGCAAAAUCAGCUUUCCUACCGCAGAAGAGAAGAGACUUCAUUCAAAAGAGCACAGCCGGAAGAAAGCGUUUCACUGCGAACUGUGCGGGAAGGAUUUUUUCACCACUGCUCCUAAUAUGAAAUCUCAUAUAAAAACACACAGCGAAAAGUCUUUCCACUGCAGUGAAUGUGACAAGUAUUUCACCACCAAAGGAAAUCUUGUUGCUCAUAAGCGAAUCCACACGGGAGAAAGACCAUACAAGUGUCCUCACUGCGAGAAAAGAAUAAUGUAUGCAUCUCAUCUGAAGACACAUAUGCGUUUGCACACCAAUGAGAGACCGUAUCAGUGCAGUGAAUGUGGGAAAGCCUUUAGGCAGUUGUUUAGUCUAAAGUCACACCAAAAAAUGCACUCAGGUGAGAAACCGUUUCAAUGCAAACACUGUGACAAGCGAUUCCUUCACAAAUCCUAUCGGAACUAUCAUGAGAGGACUCACACCGGAGAGAAACCAUAUCUGUGCUCCUACUGCGGGAAGAGCUUUUCUAGUCCAAUUCUAUUUGCAAUUCAUCAGAGAAUCCAUACUGGAGAAAAACCGUAUCACUGCAGUUUCUGUGGGAAGAGUUUCAGUAAACACAUUACAUUACAAAACCACAAGAGGACUCAUACUGGAGAAAGACCAUACAAAUGCUCACAAUGUGACAAGACGUUUGCUCGAUCAGACAUCCUUAAGGUCCAUCAGCGAGUCCAUACAGGAGAUAAACCUUACUCCUGCUCCAUCUGCAGCGAGAGAUUCGCUUAUUUAGGUAGUUUUCAGGCCCACCAAAACAAACACGCUAAAGAACAAACUGCUCCAGAAUCAUCAGAGUGACUUUUCAUGUCUUGGUCUGUCAGUAAAGGCUUUAUUUCUGUUGAUGCUUUCAUCAUUCAUGCCAUGAGAUAUAUGACAGUAACAAUCACAAACAUGAUGAUUUCAAUUUAAAACAUAAACCAUUUAUUAUGCAAAAGUUGAAUUGAAACGUGAUACCAGAAUGAUGUCUGUGUUAUUAGCUUUCACCGGUUGUUAUAAUGGAAUAACAUAGAUUGGAAUGUGGUGACUGACCAAUCAGAAUCAAGCACUCCACAGAGCAAUGUAAUAACUCAAACUAUUGUUGUAUACACAAUUUUCCUGAUGUGGAAAAUAUCAGCAUGCAAAUCACAGGAGAAAGUCUUAAAUUUGAAGUCAUGGCGUUAUUUGUUUAAUAUGUUCCAAAAAAAUGUAUAUCUUCCUUCCAGUACAGCUGUUUCUCUGUUUACUUGAGUGAUUCUGGUGAAAUCUACAAAGAAUGUCCAUGUUGUAAAAGUAAAUAAAGCCAGUAUGUAGGACCAUCAAGGUUUUUUUGUUUUU